UUUCUAGGCAGGCAAGAAUUGUGUAUAACUUUUUUUAUGGGGGUUUAGGUGUACUCCCUUUGGAGAGAGACAAUCUCUCUCUAAAACUCAGUGAAUCUCCAUGGAAGAAAAGAAUAAUAGUACCUCCCCCUCACCAAGCAUCCACCAAACUUGUAACUAAGAAGAAGAAAGGAAUAUGUUGCCCCCUCUUCAUACGCUUGCAUGGAAGCGUGAGUUAGAGAGAGAGAGAGAAUGGAAAGCCUGUGCAAGCUCUCUCUUGGUCUUCCUCUUUUCUUGCUAUUCGCCUAUGUUACAUGGGCCCUUCUCUCUGUGCCACCACAAACCCUCUCCUCAUGGAAGUUCAACAGAAGGGCCCUGACCUUGCAUCAGGUUGCUGCCCUGCGCUAUGAGAAACCCACCUUGAAACCCACCUUGAAUCCACCCCAAACGCCUAAACCAAUUAAACCUGUUGUGAGGAGCCAUGCGCAGGUGAUAGAAGCAGGCCUUGCCAGAGCUCGAAAGGCAAUAAAAGAUGCGGCUUCCAACCCCAAUUCUUCUCUCAUCAAUGACCCCCUUUUCUCGCCGGAUCCACAAAUCUUCCGAAACCCUGCAGCAUUUCAUCGGAGUUACUUGGAGAUGGAGAAUAGGCUUAAGAUUUUUGUAUACAAGGAAGAUUAUGUGAGCCUCAUUUCCUCUAGACACCCCUUUUGGAAUGCUAGCCUUGGAGCUGACCACUUCUUUCUGUCUUGCCAUGACUGGGCGCCGCACGUAUCACGAUCCAACCACAAUCUCUAUAACACCUCUAUCAGGGUCCUCUGCAAUGCAAACACCUCCGAGGGCUUCAACCCAUCCAAGGAUAUAAGCCUACCGGAGAUCAACCUCCGCACCGGAGAGCUCCCUGCCCAACUACUCACCCCUGCCGACCCGCGUCAUCCCAGACCCAUCUUGGCAUUCUUUGCAGGAGGGCUGCAUGGGCCAAUUCGUCCACUCCUCCUACAACAAUGGCAAUCCAAAGACCCCGACAUCAAAGUGUACCAGUAUUUACCAAAAGGGCUAAAUUAUUAUGAUUUAAUGAGCAAAUCCAAGUAUUGUUUGUGUCCUAGCGGUUACGAGGUCGCGAGUCCCAGAGUUGUAGAGGCCAUACAUAGUGGUUGUGUGCCAGUGCUCAUUUCAAACAGCUACGUCCUACCAUUUAGCGAUGUGUUGCGAUGGGAGGCCUUCACAGUUAGCCUAUCACUGUCCGAGAUACCGAGGGUUAAAGAGAUUCUCGAGGGGAUUCCAGAAGGGGAAUACCAGAGGCUGAGAGAGAAUUUGGGGAGGGUGAGGAGGCAUUUUGUUCUAAACCAGCCAGCCCAGAGGUUGGAUGUGUUUCACAUGGUGAUGCACUCGUUGUGGCUUAGGAGGCUUAACUUGCGAAUGCCCUAG